ACAAAAGCAUCCCUCUCCCUCCUCCCCUUCUUCCAACCUGAAUUCUCAUCACCUAAUGUGUUGCUCACAUCACCAAACUUCCAGAUCCACGCUGGUGGACUCCAGACAGAGCUGCACAGACCGCAAGAAAACCAACACUUCAGAAAAAAAAAAGUCUGACUUGAGGCUCCCUUCAGCCUGAGAGGCGCAGACAGCCUGCAGACGGCUCUGCCUCACGGACGCGAAGCACCAGCGGAGCCGCCGCCGCGCGCACCCACCGUGACUCAGUGACCAACAUUGACAAAAGCGGCGGCUUCUCUAUCAGGGAGCACUUGUCCUAAGGCGAGGUCACCUUGAAUGGGAUCCAGCAGAUUAUCUGUUUUUGUUCUCUUGGUCUUGGUGGCGCGUGAGCGCAGCCUCUCCUCCAGGAUUUAAUUUACUAAGAAAUCAUUUCGCCUGUUUUGGACUCUUCAUCUGCACACACGUCUCGUUUUUCCUCAUUUGAUAGCACAAAAAGAAAUUUUGUCUGAAUAAAGCAAGAAAAAGUAAGCGGGGUUUCUGAGGUGAGGGCUUUGGCUCAGGGUCUCGGGAGUGAUGGCGGCGUCUGCACCCACCUCCUCCUCCACUACCUCCCCCGGCGGCGCAGCGGAUCCCAACUCGACAAAUUUACGGCCGCCGGGCUCAAGUUAUGAUGCGUGGUGUGGAGUUGCGCAUGGAUGUACUAGAAAACUGGGGAUGAAAAUAUGUGGGUUCUUGCAGAAGAACGACAGUCUGGAGGAGAGGAGCAGGAUUGUGAGUUUCCUGAAGGAGCGCACAGCCUCAAACCUGCUGUCCUGCGACAACAUGGAAGGAGACGCGCGUUUCAGGCGGACAGAAACCGACUUUUCCAAUCUGUUUGCAAGAGAUUUGUUACCUGCCAAAAAUGGGGAGGAAGUCACCAUGCAGUUUCUACUGGAAGUUGUGGAAAUCCUUACUAGCUACGUCCGCAAGACUUUUGACAGAUCCACCAAGGUCUUGGACUUCCAUCACCCCCACCAGCUGCUGGAGGGCAUAGAAGGCUUCAACCUGGAGCUUUCUGAGCAUCCCGAGUCUCUGGAGCAGAUCCUGGUGGACUGCAGGGACACCCUGAAAUAUGGAGUGAGAACAGGUCACCCAAGGUUCUUUAACCAGCUGUCCACUGGAUUAGACAUCGUAGGGUUGGCAGGAGAGUGGCUCACUUCCACAGCCAACACUAACAUGUUUACUUACGAGAUCGCUCCAGUUUUUGUGCUAAUGGAACAGCUGACGCUCAAAAAAAUGAGAGAGUUUAUUGGCUGGCCAAACGGAGAGGGCGAUGGAAUAUUUUCUCCAGGAGGUGCCAUUUCCAACAUGUACAGUGUGAUGGUUGCCAGAUACAAGUUCUUCCCUGAAGUCAAGACCAAAGGCAUGGCGGCUGCCCCCCGGCUGGUCCUCUUCACCUCAGAGCACAGCCACUACUCCAUCAAGAAAGCCAGUGCAGCUCUGGGCUUUGGAACAGAGAACCUGAUCCUGUUGAGCACAGACGAGAAAGGAAGAGUCAUUCCUGCUGAUUUGGAAGCCAAAGUAAUCAUGGCCAAGCAAAAGGGUUAUGUUCCUUUGUUUGUGAACGCCACGGCAGGUACCACCGUCUACGGAGCCUUUGAUCCCAUCAAUGAAAUCGCAGACAUCUGUGAAAAAUACAACAUAUGGCUUCAUGUGGACGGUGCAUGGGGAGGAGGUUUACUGAUGUCCAGGAAGCACAAGCACAAGCUGGAUGGAAUACACAGGGCAAACUCAGUCACCUGGAAUCCCCAUAAGAUGAUGGGGGUGCCACUGCAGUGCUCUGCUAUAAUGGUCAGAGAAAGGGGAUUAUUACAAGGUUGCAACUCCAUGUGUGCGGGCUACCUGUUCCAGCCAGACAAACAGUAUGAUGUGACGUAUGACACAGGCGACAAGGCCAUCCAGUGCGGCCGGCAUGUGGAUAUCUUUAAGUUCUGGCUCAUGUGGAAGGCAAAGGGAACCGUUGGAUUUGAGCAGCAUAUUGAUAAAUGCUUGGAUCUGUCAGCGUACUUCUACAGCAAAAUAAAAAACAGAGAGGGCUUUGAGAUGGUGUUCAGCGGGGAGCCGCAGCACACAAAUGUCUGCUUCUGGUACAUUCCACCAAGCCUACGUGGCAUGCCUGAUGGCACAGAGAGGCGUGAGAGGCUCCAUAAGGUGGCCCCGAAGAUCAAGGCCCUGAUGAUGGAGUCAGGAACUACAAUGGUGGGUUACCAGCCACAGGGAGACAAGGUCAACUUCUUCCGCAUGGUCAUCUCCAAUUCCGCUGCCACCCAGUCAGACAUCGACUUCCUGAUUGAGGAGAUUGAGCGACUGGGGCAUGAGCUAUAAAAACGCAAAACCUUUUUUUUCCAACUCCACAGAGCCUUGAGUAUAGCUUAAUGUUCCCUUUGUCUGAUGCCUGCAGGUAUUUUCAGGUAAUGCACAACAAUAAUAGCACACCCUGAAUGUUUCUAUGUCUACUGUCUUAUGCAGCAGUGAUGUGUUUAAGGAAAACAUUUGCACACAUGAUUGUUUUAAAAAGAGGAGUAAACUUAGUAGUAUUUUUGCUGAAACAUUAUGCCAAAUGGAAAAAAAGAUAGAGGGAUGUUAACUAGGAGUCUGUGAACAACCCUGUUCAUGUGAAUAACCCUGUUUUCAAAAAAACUGACAAAGUAAGUAAAAAGCUAUAUUUGCUCUGUUGCCUCACACCCAAAGUAAGACAAAGUAAAGUAAAAAAUAUUGUAAAAAUGGAAACAGUUACAAAGUACAAACUCCCAUUCAGUAAUGAAAAAAUCACUACAUAUUUCAUAUCAAACUUAAAAAAUAGAAUAUAUUUUUGUUAUGUUUCAUACAUGAAUGCAUGUAACCCUUGUGCUAUCCUAGGCACUUUAACAUUGGGAGUUGGGUCAUCUAGACCCACUAGACAGUGCUCUGAACCUUUUUUCUUCAAAGAUUUAUGAUCUUCACUGGUGUCCAUGGAUUACAUGAAAUCUUUCCACCUUUAUCCACCUUUGUCAUGGUAGGAAUAACACGUCAAUGUAAGGGUGGGAUCAUCUAAGAUACCACAAGGGUUAAACUAAAUCUAAGAACAGAAAUGUAUUUAGAAAUGGGCCUCUUAACGGUGUGGGGGAAAAAACAAGAGAAAAUUUGGAAUUUGUAACAAAAGAGGAAAUAAAUACAGUAAAGUAAUGUAAUUCAGGAAUGAACAUUAAAGUAAAAGAAAAUCAGAAAAGAAAAAGAGACAGUAAAAUAUUGAAACAACCGUGACCCUGACUCCGAGGGAACAUAUUUAGUAAACAGCUGAGGUGAAGUGAUGAUGACUGGGCUUGAUGAUGCGCUUUCUUUUGGUCAGAAAUUGUUCAUUGCUGUAAGACCUGAGUUACUUUUCCAAAGAACUUAACCAACUAUAGAUUUGAGUGAGUAGUGUGCUAUAUUUGCUCUGUUGCCUCACACCUCAAAGCUCCUGGUUUGAAACGCCGGCUGGGUCGUCCUAUAGCAGCUGAAUGCCACAGUCCAUAAACAUGCUUCAUAGGUUGAUUGAUGAUUAUAAAAUUGUCCCUCUGGAGUGAGUUUGAUCUCCCUUUGAAACAAAUGCCUGUCUUUACAACAUGUAGGUUGAGUUUGGGAGAGGGGGUGAGUGUAUCUGUCUGUGGCGAUGAACUGGCGACUUGCCCAGAGUAUACCCCACCUUUUGCCCUGAGGUAACUGGGAAAGACUCCAGCUGAGCUAUUUAACAGUGUUAGAGUAAUAUGAUAGUUCUUAAAGACUAAUAUAAAAUGACAGCACGGUAUGUUUUUUUUGAAAACAGGGUUGUCUUUGGUGAAGAACUGAAACUUCUGUAAAUAGCAGCUUUUAAAGCAUUAUAGUACUUUCCAUAGUGAAUAAAAUAAAAGAAAAACACUAAACUACUUUUUUCACAAUUAAGAUAGCACAUUUAAAAGACAAACUUUUUCGCACAUUCAGCAUAAACCCUUAUGUCAUAAUAAAUAUGUGUAAUUAUCAAGACAAAUGCAUUACAACAGGAUAGCUUCAGAAACACAACAAAGAUGUUUUUAGACUUUGUGUAGAUUGUGUAUAGUAUUGUUAUAUUGCCUUUGUGCCAAAUGUGUCCUAGUUGUACAGUGAUCUAAUACUUUAUGUAAAUUGAUCAUUCAGUUUAAGUAAUAGAUUGUUAAAUCAAUUUUUAAUGAGAGUCUAUUUAUCUGCCGUCCUGUUCCAUUUGUAAUGUGUUCCUCCUCUUCAGAAACUCUGCUGUGUGAUCUCACAACCUUUUAAUUAACAGCUGUGUCUUUUUGUCUGUUUGUCAACCAAAGAAGGGUUUAGACACAUGACUGAACAUAUAACUGGAUCUUGUUCUCUUUUGUGAACAGAUUCCUGUAUUUAUAUGAGAACGCUUCAUAUGCUGCCUUUUAACUUUUGUGCAAUCUAUAUUGUGUGCGGCGUUGUUGUGAUUUGCUGAUUGAAUGUUGUCAAAAUUGCUCCAAGAUUAGAAGUGUGGCUGCUGCUGCUGCCAGUGCUAUUGUAAUAAGGAAAAAGCACAAUGCUAAAUGAUGCACUUGGACAGCCUUUAUUCUGGAGAUACAUGACUGUCUGUAUUAUUAUAAGCGAAGUGAAGUACAGUUAUAAUAUGCAAGAUUUUAUUUGGCAUCACACGCUUUCUAAAGGCACACUUUAAUGUUCAUCUCUAAGCAUUUUGCCUGAACAAAGAAAUGCACAGUGUUUGUUAUUGUAUUGAAAUGUAUUCAACAAGUACCAGUACAUUCCUGAAUUAGUGGGAAAAACUUCCCCUUGUUGUCUUUAAAUGUAAGCACUUUACUGAACCUAUUAUAUGAUUGUACCCACAAUAAAGUAUAAGCAGAAGAGACGAACAUCUGCAGACAUGCUUUGUAGUAUGUAAAGAUGUUUACGGUAAAUAAAUGCAUGUGUGAUGUAAGAAAACA